GCCUAAAAUUUCUGCUUUUUUUGACUUUGAAACUUCACAAAACAUUCUUGAAAUGUUUCAAUAUAACAAAAUACAAAAGAAAAUAUAUGAUUUUUUGAAUAUUUUAGACCCUAUGGGGUCGCUAGAGUAAUAAAUUGUUUCCUCCGAUUUUAUAGAUAAAAAUUUUAAGCAGGUUUUGAAAGUCCGUGUCCAUCGUCAUUCAAAAACUACUGUCCCAUUUUUUUUUCAAAUUCUGCACACACUUUCUACAUGUAAAAUAUCAUACUCAAACGUUUUCAUUUUCGCUGUUUGGGGAGGUUUUACAGCUACACAAUGGCGGAUUUUUUCGUGUAAAACGGUAGUUUUAACUUUACACAACCACCAAUAAUUAACUUCUGAUUAGUCUGCGCUGGGAUACAGUAGACACUGCAAAUCAUGAUUUUUAAGAAGCAUUCUCAAAAAUACCUUUUCACCGACUACUUUCUCGAUAUUUUUUCACGAAAAAAUACAAAAUGUAAAACGUUUGAAUUUAUUUUGUUGAAUGAUAGUUUUGAAAAAAAAAAACCUGAUCCCUUACCCUACCCCUACCCUUAAUGCAUUCUCGGUAGCCUCCUACCCAGAGCAAUAAACACAUGAUAAUAUUAUUAGGGCAUUUACUAACGAGCUAUUCCUGUGAUGAAUGUGGGAAACGGCCCUUUUCCGUGCCAUCAAAAUAAGAAAAUAUGUGAAUCACGACAAGAAAUUCUCCUUGUAAAUUUAAAGCAAAAACGUACACACUAACUAUAACCAUUGUUGUGUUGUUCUAAGUUCAUAGUUAGAACAAUCACAAUCAUUUUAUUAUUUAUGCGAAUAUAUUGCACAGGACAAUCGACAACUCACUCUAGCUAAGGCUUUUAAUAUACAAUAAAACUAAUAUACUUAAUAAUACUAAUGAUACAGUACUUAAGGCCCUAUCCGAUUAGCAGAAAAAAGACUCGAAACAGGCUUUCGCUUUUAAUGAAAACUACGGUAAAAUGUUAUGAUCUGUGUUAGCGAGGAAAAACCAUUUUAUUUCAUAAAUGGGAAUCACUAUCAGAUUGUAUCAGUUUUUUGUUUGUGUUGUCGUUACAUUAGAGAAGAUAAACAAUCGAAUUUCAUGGAAAUUGCAUUCGUCAAGAAUUUGGCCGAUUGCUAUCGACGUAAAUGAGAUUCGCUUACGAUAAGAUACCGAAAUCAUGGUAUUAUCGUAGAUUAAGAUUUGAGAAGUUACUUCGCGCAGCAGUCAGAUUUCAGUCGUGUGAUAACCGUGCCAUUUGUCAGUAAGCUUCUGGUUGAACGAUGUCUGAAAUAAGUCCAACUCCCAUAAUGGCGAUGGAGCCUACUUCGAUGGUUUCAUCGGAAGUUCAUCAGCCGGAGUGGGAUACUCCGGAUGCUACUAGUGGUUCAUUUGAACUCGUCCAUCACAGUAACGUUCCAUCGGCUACGGGAUCAUUCGUACUAACCGAAGAAGCACCGAUUGUCAGCACGGAACACGGGGAUGGGUCCUUUGUGCUGAAGGAAGAGGUUCCGAUCGUAACGAACACCGGAAACGAUGGAUCUUUCGUACUGAAAGAGGAAGUUCCAAUUGUGAAUACGAACUAUACGGUAGUCCCCGCUUUUGUCGAAGAAUGUGUAGCUAGCAUUGCUCCUCAAGAAGGAUUCACUCCUGACGAAUUUGCGGUAGUGCUUGACAGGAAUUCGGAUUGCGCCGGAUUGAUUGGCGAAAUUCAUAAAGCUACCAUACUGGAAGGAAGUCGAGAGUUGCAUUUACUCUGCAAGAUUCCUCCUCUGGAUCCAGUUCGGAGAUUGCAGUUCAACUCUGUCAAUCUAUUCGCAAGGGAAAUUGAUUUAUAUGCCAACCUGCUACCGACUAUGUUCGAAUUUCAACGGCAAAAAGGCGUAACUGAGGAUCUGAACACUGGAUUUUUCAAUGUUCCGAGGUGUUUUCUGACCCGUUUUGAUGCAGGUGGCGAAGAAGCAUUGAUUUUGAUGGAAGACUUACGCGACCGAGAUUUUGCCAUGUGGAACAAGCUGGAGUCAAUCAACUAUGAACAUGCUCGGCUCCUGAUGAUUCAGUUGGGACGAUUCCAUGCUCUGUCAUUUGCGAUGAAGGACCAGCGACCAGAUUUAUUCGAGGCUUGCAAAGUUCCUGAUGAAAUGCUGCCGGCAAUGCGUGAGAACGAACAGUUGAUGGGAAUGUUUGCAACUGCUUUGGACGCUGCAAUUUCGAUUCUAGAUACGGCAGAUGAAAAAGCUUGCUGGAAAAUGAACGGACUAAGGAACGAUUUCUUCGGUGUUCUACAGUCAUGUUUGGAUGUAGAACGGGCAGAACCGUAUGCUGUGCUGAAUCAUGGCGAUUGUUGGGUUAAUAAUCUUCUGUUCCGGUACCAGGAUGGCGUUCCUGGAGAGGUGGUUCUUUUAGACUGGCAACUGGCACGCUAUGGAUCACCGGCACUGGAUUUGCUAUACUUUUUGUUCUGCUGUACCGAUUCAAGCUUUCGCGAAAAGCACUACGAUGAAAUGGUUCGAAUCUACCACACAGCUUUGAAGGACCUGCUAGAGGAACUGGGAAGUGAAGCAGUUGAUGUAUUUCCAUUCACGGCAUUAUUGAGACAGUUGAAAACGUUCGGAAAGUUCGCAAUCAUUUUGACGGCAGUGGAUGUUCCAAUUCUUUGCACCGAUCCUACCGAUGUUCAAAGCCAUGGCGAUGCAGCGGUUGCGUUUACUGCUUCUGCGGACGCCCAGCAGCGGUACGCUGACCGCAUGGGUGGAGUGAUAAGGGAUGCGAUAAAGUAUGGAUAUUUGUAGACAGUCGAUACCGGAUGAAGCAUAAUUAAACAGCUAUCUUAUCAAUCGAAGGUUUAGGAUUUUAAAUAUUUUUCGACGAACAAAAUAUUAUGUAAUAAAUUGUCAAACAAAAAAAAACUGAACUCCAUUAGUUUCAGAAAGCGAAAGGUUUACAAAACAGAAAGAAUAUGAAUAUAUUCUCAGCGGAAGAUGUUUCAUAAUUUAAAUUAUUAAUUUAAAAGUAUUCGCUAGUAUUUUGACAGCAAAGGGAUUCAAUGACGAAAUAACUUCUACUCUUUUUUCAAACACCACAUUUGGUGUUUUUCUUGUAGGAAAUGAAAUGUUGGUCAUGCAGACUAAACAACAGAUCGCUUAGAGAUGGUCGGGAAAACAUUCUUUCAAACUCGAACCCGAUUUGUACCCGAUCGAAAAUAAAAAAACUUUUACCAGUACCCGAGAAUAA